CUCUCUGUUUCCAUUUUUUUCAAUUUUUUAUUUGGAAAUGAACGAUGCAUUUUGGACUUUCGUCGACUGAAAAAGGAAAGUGAAACUCGGAUAUGAUUUUAGUACAUGAAUUUCUUCGGCUUUGUCUGCUUUGGAUUUCUUGACUUGUAUGUUUGCUUUGCUUCCUUUUGGAGUGGGAAAAUAAUUGAGGACAAGACUUCUUAGGAGGAGGAUAUAAUCUGGUAGCACUAUGUCAGAUCUACAGACUCCUCUGCGCCGAAAGAGGAAGAAGGUCUGGGUGGACUACUUCGUCCAAUUUAGAUGGAUUUUAGUUGUUUUUGUUGUUCUUCCCAUAUCAUUCAGCCUAUACUUCUUCACAUAUCUUGGAGACGUCAGAUCUGCUUGGAAGUCCUACAAGAAACGCCAGAAGCAACACGAUGAAAAUGUCAAGAAAGUUGUGAAGCGCCUGAAACAGAGGAACCCAGCCAAGGAUGGCCUAGUUUGCACAGCUCGAAAGCCCUGGAUCGCAGUUGGAAUGAGAAAUGUUGACUAUAAACGGGCACGCCACUUCGAGGUUGAUCUAUCAGCCUUCCGAAACAUUCUGGAAAUUGACCAACAAAGAAUGAUUGCCAAAGUUGAGCCCCUUGUGAACAUGGGCCAAAUAAGUAGAGCCACUGUUCCACUGAAUCUCUCUCUAGCCGUGGUUGCUGAACUUGAUGAUCUUACUGUCGGGGGACUCAUCAAUGGCUAUGGUAUAGAAGGAAGCUCCCAUCUCUACGGCUUGUUCUCCGACACGGUUGUCGCAUAUGAGAUUGUCCUAGCAGACGGCCGGGUUGUCAGAGCUACCAAAGAUAACAAGUACUCGGAUCUUUUCUAUGCAAUCCCAUGGUCCCAGGGGACAAUUGGCCUUCUAGUCGCUGCCGAGAUCAAGCUUAUACCAAUUAAAGAGUAUAUGAGAGUUACAUAUAAACCAUACAUAGGCACUUUAAGAGAUAUAGGACAGGCUUACAUGGAUUCUCUCGCACCUAGAGAUGGAGAUCAAGACAAUCCAGAGAAGGUUCCUGAUUUUGUAGAAACUAUGGUUUAUACUCCUUCGGAAGCUGUGAUCAUGUCAGGUAGAUAUGCUUCUAAAGUGGAGGCUAAGAAAAGGGGAAAUGUGAUCAAUAAUAUCGGGUGGUGGUUCAAACCAUGGUUCUACCAGCAUGCAGCUACGGCACUGAAGAGAGGGGAGUUUGUGGAGUAUAUUCCUACAAGGGAGUACUAUCAUAGGCACACCAGGUCUUUGUAUUGGGAGGGAAAGCUCAUUCUUCCAUUUGCAGAUCAGUGGUGGUUCAGGUUUUUCAUGGGAUGGCUUAUGCCUCCCAAAGUUUCUCUGCUGAAAGCUACUCAAGGUGAAGCUAUCAGAAACUAUUAUCACGAAAUGCAUGUAAUUCAAGAUAUGCUUGUUCCUCUUUACAAGGUUCCGGAUGCUUUGGAGUGGGCUCAUCGCGAGUUGGAGGUUUACCCCAUUUGGCUCUGCCCACACAGAAUCUUCAAGCUUCCAGUCAAAACCAUGAUAUAUCCGGAACCAGGAUUUGAGUUUCAUCGUCGACAGGGAGACACGCACUACGCGCAGAUGUACACAGAUGUUGGACUGUACUAUGCACCAGGCCCCGUCCUGAGGGGCGAAGUUUUCGAUGGUUCGGAGGCUGUCCGAGGAUUAGAGAAAUGGCUUCUAGAAAACCAUGGAUUCCAGGCUCUAUACGCGGUGUCGGAACUGAAUGAGAAAGAUUUCUGGAGAAUGUUUGAUGGUGGACUGUAUGAGCAAUGCCGGAAGAAGUAUGGUGCUGUAGGAACCUUCAUGACUGUAUACUACAAGUCCAAAAAAGGAAGGAAAACUGAGAAGGAAGUGAGAGAAGCUGAACUUGAACAAGCUCAUCAUGAAACUACUUAUGCAGAAUUGGAUCAACCACAAUAAAACUAAUCUCCACUCCAUGCUCAAAUAUUUGGUGAGUUUUCUUCCUUAAUUCUCUCUCUCUAAUCAUCCAGAAAAUGAUGGUUUUGAAGUUUGAUAUAUGAUCUGAGUUGCUGCUUGUCUGACCCUCCUAGGCUUCUUAGUGGUUAUUAUUUGGAAAUGUCGUAGUUUGAACUGCUGAACUUGAUGGGUUUAUCAUCAGAUUUUCCUCUUUGAUGCUAUGUUUCCAUAGGAAGAUGAGAUGUUAGAGCUGAAUGUUUGGUGGAGAUAUAUAAUGUAAUAAAAAUGAUGAUCUUGAUGGAUGUUUUAGAUCAAAACUAUGAAUAACAUGAAAUUUCAUUUAAAAUA